AUGAGAAGACAAACCCGCCCAGACAUGGACGUGCACCACCUGCGCGGCAAUCUUUAUGAAUCAGGAAGCGUCCAUGCGACCGACGAAAGCGCAUACGCCACUGUGGCAUCUCCCUCAGUUUUAUCAACCAACAGCAAUGGCGGGUCGGCCACCAGUUUUCAUGGUCAAAAUAUAACAUCAACCGCGAGCCAUCACUUACCCGACAAGGAUGCAUACUACCCCGAGUUCAGUGAGAUGCCGUCGCCUGGGCGGGAUGAUCUCGACCAAUUCUGGGGAUCGGAGCUGGAUGAAGCAGGCAUCGAAUGGUUUCUCAACAACCAGUGCUUCUUCGGCUUGGCAAGGUCCGACUUGAUGACAGAUGGCGUUUCUUGUAACACAGAGGCGCCGAACAUAUACUCCGUCGCUUUAGAGGACGAGCAGCCCGCCAAACCCCAACCAGUGUCCCUCCGCCGGAAACCGAUUUUCCUGCAAGAGGCGCAGUCCAAGCCCUUCAUCGUUGAGACGGGAAAAUUCAAAUCGCCAGACUGUGGUUUUCGAGUCUGCAACGCUCUCACACGUGAGAAACGAUCGCAUCUUCUCGCAGAACUCCAACAACUCGUUCACGACGUCGAUAUCAACGAGCACAUCUUUUCCCUAGACAGCAUGAAACAGGGGAUCCAUCUCUUUUUCCGCCACAUCAACAUCGAGUACACCUUUAUCCAUCACGAAUUCCUGAUGCCGUCAAGCGAGGAGUCGCGAGAGGCCAGACUCGCCGUGUGCGGUUCGGAUUCAGAGCCUGGGCCAUUACUGUUUUGGGCCAUCAUCUCGGCUGGGUGGAGUUUGAUGCGUAGUCGGAACAACCAUGAGCAUAUCAUGGCUGCCAAGAUUCAGCGCGCUCUCCGUAUAUCUAUGAUGAGUCACCCUGGACUGGGUUGCAGUCCCCCGCUAUGGCUUGUGCAAGCUUUAUUCGUCAUCUUGCUAUUUGCGAGAUACCAGGGCGACCGGGAAGAGUACGGCUUCGCGUCCAUUUUUCAUGGCGUACUCCUCGAGGCAACGCGUCGGCUGGACAAUAGCUCACCAGUCGCUGUGGACAACGGAUGCGAAUCCUACGCUGGGCCAUCUGUCAUGCAGGCGUGGAUAAAAUGGAUCAACACGGAAUCGAUUCAGCGGAUUGUCCGACAUGUAUUCAUCCUCGACGUCAAACACGCCCUUCUCCACGGUGGUGAAACUUCCAUGAUGCCGUUCGAUCUCAACAUCCGGCUCUACGCCACGGAAGACGCAUGGUACGCCUUCACGCCAGAGGAGUGGACGAGAGAACUUGCCACCAACACACAGAAACCCAUAUCCUUCAUUGAUAUGCUUAAGAUGCUCUGGAACCCGCGCGUCACCAACACGGCCGUAGUACCAGAACCCCUACCCCGCGGCUCCAACAUUGCUCUGUACGGCCUAGUCUCUAUCGCGCGCGAACUCCGCCGACGCAAGGAGAUCAGCUUCCUCAACCGCACGGGCGAUGCAUCGCUCGCCUCACUCGGAAGCACCGCGAUACACUCACUGCAGAACUGGGAGCCGAUGUGGGACAAGGUCGCAGUGCCGAACGGGCUGACGGCGACGUAUCUCUGGCGGGACUGCUCGUGCAUGAUCCACCUCGCGUACACACUCUACGAGGUCGGGCCAGUGGAUCUGCAGAUGGUGGCGGGUAAGACGAUCAUCGAGGGGAAGAGGCGUGGCGCCGCCGGGUAUGCGAAAUCGAGGCGGAAGAUGGGCCGAUGGGUCAAGGAAGACCGAGCCUGGCUGGCACUGUCUCGAGCGGCAACAGUGAUUCAAGAUCGGUUUUAUGCAGGCUCUCCAGACGUGGUGCACUGCCACCACUGUCUAUGGUGCCUGUACCUAGCGACACUGACCUGCUGGAACUUUGGGUUGGCUUUGACGGGCCACAGCUCUUCGGAGCACCUCGUCAAGGACGGCAAAGUCGUCUCGCUCGAGGACGCCGAGGCGGAAUGCUCACAGUAUCUCCAGGUAGCGGCAUCGCUACCACCCCGAUUCCACAAGGAGCAGUUCAACGAUAUUUUGGGGCGAACGACAGGACUGCUGAUUGUGUUAAUACAGUUCUUACGAAGCCAGUGCCAGACGGGAAUGAUCGUAGAGAGCAUUGAGCUGUUGGCUCGCCUAGUGGGCGUGCAGGACUAG